UGAGGUAAAGGUUUGCGCAAACUUCAAACGAAGUUCGAGUAACUGGGAGGCAAAUACCAGCCUGGUUUUACAGCUGUUGGGAGAUAUCUAUUUGAAGUCAUAUUCAAGAGAAACAUUAUACACCCAAGGAAGAGUUGGCACGCGUGAACAUAUCCGUGAUAUAACUCAUUAUGCACAGAAAGUGAGCGAAACAGAGGACGGAGUUUUUGAUUUGACCUACAUUAGUUCUGCCUCCUGUGGCGGAAUACAGCACGCUUGGAAGGAGUCCAGCGGGGCAGAGGAGGAGUGUCCUAACGUCACUCCAACGGCAGUCACGAUAGAGGAGAUAAGAUUCCGCUCAACAAGUCACCAAAGCGAAAAAGUUGGGUUUUAAGACAUCCAUCCCAGUUCAAACUUUAUGUAAAUCAAGUUCACUCCGUGUGGAAGCAUGCAGAGGAAACUGGAAGUCGUCAAACGGGAACGUGAGCAUGCAGGCUGCUGAAACUUUAAGGGUCACUUUUACUUCAGAAGGAGGUGCCAGCGGAGUGCAGCUCCUCUUGGCAUGAAACCUCAGACCCGUUUUUUACCGAGGAAGGAAGCGACACGAUGGCAGUCUGCGGAAGAAGGAGCCAACCCAGGCUUAUGUUUUUCAUUUUCGGAGCCUUUUUCGUGGGAUAUCUCAUCCUCAACAGGAACAGCUCCGGGGACGCGCGCGAGACGCAUGAACGGGAGGCCCCCCAAGAAAUAGAGGUUGGGAAUGAGGAGCUCAAAAGACCCGUUUACGAGAAACCCCCCCUGGAUUCGAGCCACCCGGGUGAAAUGGGGAAAGCCGUCAAGCUCAAUCUGAAGGGAGAGGAGAAAAGAAAGGAGGAGGAAGGCAUCAAAAUUCAUCAGAUUAAUACUUAUGUCAGUGAUAAACUGUCUCUACACCGCAGGCUGCCUGAGAGAUGGAACCCACUCUGCAGGGACCUGAAGUAUGACUACCGGUCUCUACCGACAACUUCAGUGGUCAUUGCCUUCUACAACGAGGCCUGGUCCACCCUCCUGAGGACGGUCCACAGCGUGCUGGAGACGUCCCCUGACAUCCUGCUGAAAGAGGUGGUGCUGGUGGAUGACUACAGCGACAGAGAUCAUUUAAAAGAGCCGUUGGAGAGGUACGUUGCCAAUUUGAGGAAGGUGCGUCUGAUCCGGGCGACCAAGCGAGAGGGGCUGGUGCGGGCCAGAUUGCUAGGGGCGUCCUUUACCACGGGUGAAGUGCUGACCUAUUUGGACUGUCACUGUGAAUGUCACGAAGGCUGGUUAGAGCCGCUGCUUCAGAGGAUCAAAGAGGAGCCGUCAGCUGUAGUGUGUCCUGUCAUCGAUGUGAUCCACUGGAACACCUUUGAGUAUUUAGGGAAUGCUGGAGAACCUCAGAUUGGGGGGUUCGAUUGGCGGUUGGUGUUUACCUGGCACACAGCUCCCGAGUCUGAACACAAACGCAGACGCUCGCCUGUUGAUGUCAUCAGGUCUCCUACGAUGGCAGGCGGUCUGUUCGCUGUGAACAAGAACUACUUUCAUUACCUGGGGACCUACGACACGGGUAUGGAGGUGUGGGGUGGAGAGAACCUGGAAUUUUCCUUUAGGAUUUGGCAGUGUGGGGGCAGCUUGGAGAUCCACCCAUGCUCCCAUGUGGGUCAUGUGUUCCCCAAAAAGGCCCCGUACUCACGAAGCAAAGCUCUGGCGAACAGUGUGAGAGCUGCUGAGGUCUGGUUAGACGAAUACAAAGCCAUCUACUACCAUCGAAACCCCCAUGCACGACUGGAGGCCUUUGGAGACGUGACAGAUCGGUUAAAGCUCAAAGAGAGGCUGGGCUGUAAGAACUUCAAGUGGUAUCUGGAAAAUGUUUAUCCAGAAAUCAGCGUCCCAGUGGAUCUCCCCGGCAUGUUUGGGAUGCUGAAGAAUCAAGGGAAGAGAGACUACUGUUUUGACUACAACCCAAAAAAUGAGAAUGAGCCAUUCGGACAAAGAGUCAUCCUUUACAUGUGUCACGGCAUGGGUCAGAACCAGUUCUUCGAAUACACUGAGCAUGGGGAGAUCCGCUUUAACACUCGGGAGCCAGCCGGAUGCGUUUCGGGUGACAACAUCAGCACCUACCUGACGAUACAGCCGUGUAGAAAAAAAGGGCAACCUGUACCUCCGGACCAGAAAUUCACCCUCAGAUCAGACGGGGUGCUUUACAAUGAGGGGAGUCAGAAAUGCGUUCAGGCUUUGGAGCAGGCAGAAGACAGGAAACCAGCCCCUUCACUCCAACCUUGCUCUGACAGCGCUCUCCAAAAGUGGUUGUUCCAGGAGAGGACAUAAUGGUAUCGACACAGAAAGAAUGCACAUUAAUAUUUUUCAUUCAAGUUUCUUAUCCCUCGGAGGGAUAUAGGGGGAUUGAUGUUCUAAAUGUUUUUUCUUGCCUGAAAGGAGGACAGAUACUUAAACAUGUGUGCAUCUGUAUCAAUGACAUAACACAGAGCCUCUUGUGGCCGACAUCACAGUGAUUUACUGAGGAACUUCAUGUUUGUAUCUUCUCCUGUAGAGGGGGCUAACGCUCCUCUCUGUGGGCCUCCUUCAUUUCAUUUCACUGUGUUCUCUAUUUGUCAAAAAGAAGUGGGGCAAAUCUUAAGGUGUUUUGUAAAGAAUAUUUUCAAGAGUGCUCACUACUCUUAUGCACAGUGGCUUAUGAGAAAGCCUCAGAUCACUGGCACUAUGCAAGUACUUAGUACCUCUUCUACUUAAACACUGAACUACUGAUAACUGCAGAAACUCCAGUCUUAUUUCAUUCUUCCUUGACUGAAGUCAUUUUGCGAUGCAAAUUUGACUGAGGUGAAACGACAUGGAUCACUCUAGAUGUUUUUCUCUGACUUUUUGUAAGAUUUGUCCUCUUUUUCAUGCUCUUUAAAUGUUGUAACGCUUUGAAGGACUCAAUCAUAGCCAUAUUUGAGGGAUUUAUUUAAUAUGAUAGGAAUAUUUCAAAAGAUUACGUUUCUUGAUAAUACUACAUUUUUUAUGGAUUGAAUGCAGACACAUCUCAACUCUAGUCUCUAAUCUUUUCGACAUAGCUCACAAAAGUUAUUUGCACAGAUAUAACCCUAAAAUAAAAAAAGAUAAGACCUCUUUUUCAUAUUUUUCUCCACUUGGAAGCCAUAAAAAGUGCCUCAUAUACAAAGAACAUAUCUAGUUUAAGAGGCUUUUGUAUUGAAUGUAUAUUUUGUCAAACCAGGAGACAAAAAGAGAAGAGGAAUUAGAGUUGUGACAAAGCUUGUGAGAUGAAUCCUCCCCUGCUGUGACUCCAGUGCGCACAGCCAAGAAGUUAUUCCCUUGAGUGUUCAUACAUUACUCUGGUGGGCUGUGCUGAUUUGGGCAUACCACAUCUCUGUUCCCAUCCAUCAGAAUUAGACAACUAUAGAUCCCUCUGCUCCCAGAUGCGGUCACUUGUGGCUCCCCCUCAGGCUAUGCAGAGCUGCCGAGGGGGAAACACAGCAGAGGCGUCGACAGUUGUUUGGUGUCUCCUGAGUGCUGGGAUUACCAGAUGGCUGUCUGAUGAAAUUUUCAGGUCCUCUUCCAAUUUUUUUUAUCAGCACCUCUCCCUUUUUUUUCGGUGUCAGAGGUGUGCAGAGAAGGACUUAUCUUCUGGACUCGCUCCAGCCAAAUCCUCUUCACAUGAGCACUUGUUACUCAUGGGCCUGAGGUUUGAUUUAUGGAUCGAAGUCUACAGGAGUACAGUUUUUGACAGCGCAGGCAGAUAAUGGAGGAGACUGAAUGAAGCAAUUUGUGACCUCUUCCUUAGCAUUAACCUUCACAGGCUGCUGGCUCAUUGGCCCCAGAGGAGCUCUGUUAGGAAUUGAUGUCCGCAGACGAUCGUACUGACAUAGAUUUUUCUUAUUGAUUCAGAAUGUAAACUCACAAUAAGAUGAAUUGGUGGUGAAUAAAGACCACUUUGCCAUCACUUCAGUGGGGACUUUGUUGAAACAGGAUCCCUUUAUUUGCCAAAUAUAAUAAAUGUAUAUUAGAAUGUAAGGUGAUGACUCAGAAUGAGUAAAAAGGGUUAAUUUUGAACAUAUGUUGGUGUAAUGAACAAAAUGUGUCCUCAAAAAGUUCGGGAGCAUGUUAUUUUUAGUUUUCAUCUUACCUUGUAAGUGUACCUUUUCUUGUCAUGAUUUAAGACUAUGAAAAUGUUGCUUCAAUGACUUCAGUUUCAUAAGGAUCAGGUGAAAUUGCCCUUUAAAUAUAGUGCUCCUGUUAACAUAUUCCAACCAUUUUUUCUUUAACCUUUUGAGGGCCAUUCAAACACUCCAGUCUGUUCAUAAAAGAGAUUAUUUAUUGUCCCUAUCUGUUAUUCCACACAUGUAAAACAUAGUGGCACCUUUUUUAUGUUGGCAUUAUACUGUACGCUGAUGUGAUACGGCUCAUGCAGCUGCAGUAAAAAUUGAUAGCCAGGGAUCAUAUCUGUAUGGUAGGUCAUUUAAGGGUUUUAUAUCAACCAUCCUGCGUCGUAAAGUUGUGAUGUAUUCCAGGAUGUCUGCUGAAGCACUUGAACCGGGAAAGUGGCUGAUUGCACUGUCACCCAACCCAGAAACAGAGGAGACAUUUCAGUUGUUUAAAUGGGAAACAUGCACAAAAAAAGAUGCUGGAAUUGAACACUAUGUCUGGUGUUAUGCUGGCAGAAACUCAAGUGGUCUAAUAUUGUUGUGAGAAAAGUAAAGAAUGUUACUGACAAUAUUUUGUAACUUUGAGACCAUAUCUGAUGUGAAUACCUGAUUAAUUGUUCAAAUAAGUAAAAAACAAUGUUGUA